CGGGAGGUUGCGUUUCUUCUCAACUUUACGUUACGAAAUUGACUCUGUCCUUUUCAGACAUCAAGAAGUUCAAUAUUCAACCUUCUUCAAAUAUUUUUUUUCGCCCGAAAGCAAGAUUAAGAAACAUUUUAGUGCGAUUUGUAGACUUUGUAGAAUUUCUAUUUUCCAUUGCACCUCAAAUGGAUUAACACCUUCCUGAGAAAAACUUUCGCUGAAAUUCUUGUACUAAGCAUUUUUCUCCAGUGAGCAUUCUGCAGGAGAUUUGGAGGUAAUAAUGUAGCUAAACAAACUACUCUCCAACAAGUCACAAGUCAAAAGCAAUGCACCGAUUUCCCCACUGACAUUGCCUAUCCAUCGCUCAAGAUGAAGAAACCUCAAAUUAAACGUGAAGCCUCAAAAACAGGUGCGGGGAAUCCACACACUACCACCAUAACGAAUAUCAUCUCGGCUUUAGCCAUUGGUUUGUGUGCCAAAUUGUAUUGGGACCAUCAGAUUUUAAACACGGAACUCUCAUUCUUGCGACAAUCUCUCAAUGUGACUCCUCAUGCUCACAAGGAUGUGCUUUUCUUCAAUCGGGUACCUAAAGUGGGCAGUCAAACCGUUAUGGGUCUUCUGAAGACUUUGAGCAUCGACAAUAACUUUGCUCAUUACGUGGAUGACGCACAAAUCAAACAAUUGGCGGGCGAGAAAACCAUUCUGCCCAUUCAAGACCAGCAUAACUAUGCUCGAAUGUUCAUGGAGAAUUUUACCGAGCCAUCGGUUUAUAACAAGCACAUCAGCUUCAUUGAUUUUGAGACCUUAGGUAGUGAGUACUACCGACCCAUUUAUAUGAACUUUGUCCGAGAACCCGUUCAACGAGUGAUUUCCUGGUACUACUACAUACGCGCUCCUUGGUACCAAUUCGAGUCUGACGACAAAGGCAAUUACAAAAGAAUGAAGCCCAUGUUUGCGGGAAAAGCCUUUCCUCUGAAGUUGAGCUAUGAUGAAUGCGUUCUUGGUCAAUACCAGGAAUGUCGCUAUAUUCCUGGACAUAAUCAUGUGGCUUACCGGGAAGGAGGAGCUCAUGUUAGUCAAAUGAUGUUCUUUUGCGGACAUGAGCCACGUUGUCAGAUCACCAACGGAGAGGAAGCAUUAAGAAUUGCCAAAGCCAACGUGGAUUCCCAUUUUGCAGUGGUGGGCAUUCUUGAAGAGAUGGACAAAUCGAUGACGGUCUUGGAACACUUCUUGCCCAGAUUCUUCAAAGGUGUGAAGACAGUCUACAACAAGAAUAAACAAUACUGGGGGAAUGUGAAUAAGAACAAGUUCCGACCGGAAGUUUCCAACCAUGUCCGGAACCUGGUGCGACAGAAUAUGACCAGGGAGGUGGAAUUCUAUGAGUAUUGUAAACAACGAUUACACAAACAAUACCUGUCUUUAGGGUUAUGA